GAACUAACCUGCCUACGUAUCUUCCUGUCAGUGGUACCUGAGACCGCGGUGUGUGGUCCGAGUCUAUUCCGAUAUCUGAUCGCGAGGUAGACUCACUAUCUUAUCGAGAUGCUCCCACACGAUAGUUAGACAUCGCGUAUCAUUCUGUCUCGCUAGCAUUUUUUUUUGUUUUGGUUAUGCCAGACCAAAGACACUCGCCCCUGUGCCCGAGCCUGAUGUCUGAGGGGAGUUCUGGCCAUUGUGGGACAUGUCGAUCCUGCAAUAUAUAACAGCGGUGCACCACCGACCAGUAGUCAGUAUCCACCUUCCAGCUUUAGCAGUACCACGAUCUGGUCCGCUAAGUGUUUCCAUCGCAGCCCAAUAAGCUCCAGCUUGCUACAACCCGUCACCAUGAAGGCUGUCCUGUUCUUCGCCGCUCUCGCGCUGUUCGUCGCACUGGCCCUCGGCCAGAAUGGCUGCGUCCGUGACGAUUCCGACGGUCAGCCGCUCUGCAAUGCUGAGGAAAUGACGGCCCGCCUGUGGCGUAACAACUGGGACCCCACCGCCUACUGGGAGUGCGAGACUGCCAACACGCCCGCCACCUACCGUCGCUGCCCGACCGAGGGUAUGUUCAACGGUGCCACCCGUACCUGCAUCAACUGGUUCGACUGGGAGUGGACCCCGACCUGCAAGCCGCCCAGCCGCGUGUAAGCCGGUAUUAGGAAGGGGUGGGAAACCCGUGCUCACGCACAAAACACACACGAAUCCUUCCUACUUCCCCCUUACCCGUCCUACACUUCGCUAAAACCACACGCUCCUCUCCCGAAGUUUUGCGGCUUUUUUGCAUUGCAAAAAGUCCGAAACGCAAUCACCACACCACUGUGUAUGUAAAGGAAACGUACCAACAUCCCGGCAAUAAAAAUAAAAAGGCUGUAGUUACUUAGAGUGCCAAUUUUAAAACAAA